AUGUCUAAAGACCAGGCGAAGGUCCCGAACCUCCUCCAAAACCCGGUGGUGAAGAAGAUAGCCCGUGAGCAUCACGUGACAGAAGUGCAGGUGCUUCUCCGUCACCUGGCUCAGUCUGGCAUCGCCGUCAUCCCCAAGUCCACCAAUCCUUCCAGGAUCCAACUCAACGACCAGAUUUUCAACAUCCAGCUGACUUCGGACGAAAUGAAGCAGCUGAAUGAUUUUGAUCAGGGUGAAGCCGGUAGAACAUUCUUCUUCGAGUUCGAGGGAAUCGCCGCUCGUCCGGAGUACCCGCUCAAGGAAUCCGCAGAGUUGUCAGUCCAGUAUUGA